UAAUUGAGAUUUCUAUCAGUUAUAUAGCAUUGAUUAACAUGUGUUUUGAAAGCAUAUGAAUAUAACUUACUGUAUAUAAUCGUAAAACACGUUGAGAUUAUUAAAGACAAUCAUUUAAACAGACUUCAAUUGAUUUGAUACACAUUUCAUUUAGUAAUUGUUGUCUAUAUUACCAUCGAUGAUGAAGUUGUUAACACACAAUAUGUUGACUUCAAAGUGUCUUAAAGGUGUGACCGUUGGAUUUCCGCUUAAAUUAGUGGCCAAUGAAGUCAAAGAAGUAAACGUUGAUUUCAAUAAGGACUUCAUCGAGAGGAUGAUCCCUAAAGUUGAUUGGUCUGUACUGACAAUCACCGCACAACAGUUUGGUGUCCAAUUACCCGAUUCAUACACACCAAACGAUACCGAAGAGGAAGUACUUAAACGAGUACAUCACGCUUUGCUUGAGAUAGAGGUCAUCGACGGAGAGCUCAUAUGUCCAGAAACUGGUCGCAAGUUUCCGAUAUCGCAAGGAAUACCUAAUAUGUUGUGUAAUGAAGAUGAGGUUUGAGUGACAGUAAUCGUGUCUAAUAAUGUUGAAUAUCAUCGAUAACUGCUAUUAUGUUCAUUACGAUAAUAAUAGUUUACUAAAAUACUACACCUAAUAAAUCUCUAUAAUAAAAAAAAACAAAAAAUUUACAGCAAAUUAGCGGUACAUAAAUUUAUAUUAUUAUU